AUGGCCUACGACCGGCACGUUGCCAUCUGCCAGCCCCUGCUCUAUGUGACCAUCAUCUCCAGCCGUGUCUGCUGGCAGCUGGUAGCUUCAUCCUACCUAUUCGCCUUCCUCAGUGCCAUUGUAUGCACAUGGUGUGUGUUUGGAGGUUCCUUCUGUGGUCCCAUCCACAUUGACCACUUCUUCUGUGACGUAUCCCCUGUGCUAAAGCUCGUGUGCUCUGACACCCACAGCAGUGAGAUGGUCAUCUUUGCCUUUGUCACCAUCAAUGUGGUGGGCACGAGCAUGAUCAUUUUGCUCUCCUACAUCUCUAUCAUUCGCACAGUGCUGAGGAUGUGCUCAGCACAGAGCAGGGCCAGAGCCUUCCACACCUGUGCCUCCCAUUUGAUGGCAGUUUCCUUAUUCUUUGGGCCAGCAUUCUUCAUGUACCUACAACCUUCUUCUAGCCACAGAAGCCUGGAUAAGGUGGCUUCCAUCUUCUAUGCCGUGGUCACCCCCAUGCUCAAC